CUUUGUCCGGAUCAAGUAUUUAAGCAGAACUUUCCAACAGACCAGCACAGUUUGGGCUAACCUUCCAAAGAAACUGCUCCAAAAAGAUCACCAUGCUGAAAGAAAUUUGCUUUUUGUUGAUGGUCACUUAUGUGACAGCAACUUACAGCACAGGUUAUCCCACCUAUCCAAGCUACCCUAGCUACCCAUCUUAUCCCCCUGUCCCGACCUAUCCCUCUGGUGGAUACAGAUACGUCAUUUACGUUCAAUACCUGUACUACCUGUACAUCACCUACGGACCCAACUCUGUCCAAUACACCCAGUACUACCAAUAUCUGGUCAGACUGCACAUCAUCCCUGUAGGAUUCAAUUUCGGAUCUGGUGGUUUCCCUGGAGGAUUCCCUGGUGGUAUUGGCGGAAGUAGAAUUAUAGGAGGCGGUAGUGGAACUAUCCCACUUGGAAGCGGUUACAUUCCUAGUGGUGGAUCUCCAUAUGGACCUGGUAUUGGUGGAAUCGGAGGAGGAUUUCCAUCAGGAAGUUCUCUUAGUAUCUCAAGUGGAAGCACUGGUUUCUCAUCUGGAUUCCCAAGCGGUGGAUUCCCAAGCGGUGGAUUUCCAAGCGGCGGUUUCCCAAGCGGUGGAUUCCCAAGUGGCGGAUCCACCAGCUUCUCAAGUGGUGGCUCCUUUUUGAGUAGCGGUGGUAGCGGUCUUGGAGGACUAGGAGGCGGAAUUGGAGGUGGACUUGGCGGAAUUGGAGGCGGAAUUGGAGGUGGACUUGGCGGAAUUGGAGGUGGACUCGGCGGAAUUGGAGGUGGACUUGGCGGUGGAUUAGGCGGAAUCGGCGGUGGAUUAGGCGGAAUCGGCGGUGGAUUAGGAGGAAUUGGCGGUGGAUUAGGCGGAAUCGGCGGUGGAUUAGGAGGAAUCGGCGGUGGAUUAGGAGGUGGUUUAGGAGGCGGACUCGGCGGUGGAUUAGGAGGAAUCGGCGGUGGAUUAGGAGGUGGUUUAGGAGGUGGACUUGGCGGAGGAUUAGGAGGAGGCGGACUCGGUGGUGGUUUUGGUGGAAAAAAAAGUGGUUACUACUAAAUUACCACCUCACUGAUGACGACUGAUAUGAACUGGACUCUCAUUUCUAUUGUUUACUUAUUAUAAGGUUGUGGAAUAAAGAGAUGACGCCCAAGCAAAGUUUUAUUUGUUUU